AAAAUUAAAAAAUUAUUUGAGGUUGUUCGUAACGCAUGGAUAAUAAACAAAGGAUGGUGUCAUGAAAAUAUUUCUGGUGAAUUUCCAUUUAAAGCUGGAGAAGCAUUCCUUAUGGAAUUUGUUGCAUUGCCUAACAAUAUAAUACAGAUCAGUGUCAAUGGUAAAAUUUUUACAAACUUCCAUAGUCCGGAUUUGAGUCAAAUUACUCAGCUAUAUAUCAAUGGGAAGGACACAGUUCAAAUUCUCUCUUUGACUUUGUAUCCCAAUGAUUUGAAGCCAACAAUUAAAACAGAUGCACCAGCAACGCCCCCUCCAAUUUGCCCCAAUCCUAUUGUCUUAAACAAUGUGCCAUUACCAUCAAAAAUCAAAACUAUAAAUCUUGUACAAAUCGGAUUUGGAAAAGGAUUUGAAGCAAAUAAACGUAUAAUAUUUAAAGGAGUUCCUCUCCAAGGGGCAAAACAAAUAACAAUAGAUUUUGGCGAGGAGGAUGGCUUAAUGUUCGAAACUGCAAACGUUCCACUCCACUUUAAUACAGACUUAAUAUCCAAUGUGGUUCAUCUUAGCAGUUGGUCAGUAGACGGUGGAUGGGAUGCUGACCAUCAGUACUAUGAUAAUCCAUUCAAAGUUGGAGAGCCUUUUAUUUUGGAAUUUUUUGCAGAGUCAAAAAAUUCCAUUUUUAUCUAUGUCAAUAAUACAUAUUUCGCAACUUUUUAUUAUUACAGUUUGAAGGGUUAUCAUGAUUUUAAGAAUGUUGGUGACCUAUAUUUUGAGGGGUUUCGAUUAGACUCUUUGAUUAUGUGUACCAAUGAAUAUGGAUCAACUAAAAGAGAAUCAACGAGUAAAACAAUAACAACAUGGUUUCCAGCUGUAUAUUAA